CAGCUGCCCUUUUACAAAAAUUUCUUCCAGUUCUGGGAGGUCAUCAGUGAUGAGCAUGGGAUUGACCCCACUGGCAGCUACCAUGGGGACAGCGACCUGCAGCUGGAGAGGAUCAACGUGUACUACAAUGAAGCUGCCGGUAACAAGUACGUCCCCCGUGCCAUCCUGGUUGACCUGGAGCCCGGCACAAUGGACUCGGUGCGCUCCGGCCCCUUUGGACAGAUCUUCCGACCCGACAACUUUGUCUUUGGUCAGAGCGGGGCCGGCAACAACUGGGCCAAGGGGCACUACACCGAAGGUGCUGAGCUGGUGGACUCCGUGCUGGACGUGGUGAGGAAGGAGUCG